AUGGCUGCUGGCACUCAUCUUGGACCUUCGUUGGACAAGCCUACUGUUGAUCUCAUAUUUUACAGAAGCAUGAUCGGUUCGUUACUGUACUUAACUGCUAGUCGACCUGAUAUUAUGUUUGCUGUUUGCAAUUGUUCUAAGUAUCAGUUAAAUCCUAGGGAACCUCAUCUAACAGUUGUAAAGAAUAUAUUUUAUUAUCUCAAAGAGACAGUUUCAUUGGGUUUGUGGUACCCUUCGAAGACUGGUUUCUUUGUUCAAGCAUUUUUAGAUGCCAAUCUUGGUGGUUGUCAACUUGACAGGAAAACCACUACUGGUGGAUGUCAAUUACUGGAAGGGAAGCUUGUGAGCUGGCAAUCAAAGAAACAAACCUUUGUUUCGAUUUCCAAAGCAGAAGCAGAAUGUGUUUAUGCUGCAGUAUGCAUGUAG